AUGGGAGACGAAGGAUCCAAGAAAUACCUGCCAUCGUUCUGGCAUGAUGAUGUCGCAAUGCAGGGUUAUAUGAGCGUUAUCAAAGCGCGAGCUGUGAAUCCCAUUGACCAUGACCGAAAAAUCAAGUUUUGGGAAAAUCUCAUUGCAAAAUCCUGCGAAGCUGAGGGUAAUGCAAUCAUUAGCGUGGAUUUGCUGAAGAAGAGGUUCCGACGAGGCGAUCAGAUUCCAGCUAGUCUCAACAUCGUCUUGGAGCAUUUAGAGAGGUAGUU